AUGGAACUUGAUGACUAUGUUAUAUCUAUAGUCCAGAUCCCUCCAGGUCAUAGUUCAAAGACACUUCUGGACACGUGCAAUCCGCAAGUAGAAAAGUUUCUAAAGAAGUUCAUGAAACGUUUGGUGAAGAAACCGGAUACAAUAUUUUCUCGUGUUCUCCCAACUUUAGAUGCCGGCUGUGACUCUUUCAAUCUUUCUGUGAUGGAUCAUCGAACUACCUAUAUACCAUAUGUGAUUAAAGCUACUGACUCAUCAUGGUACUUACGACAGUUUCCUACCUACCGAUUGUCUAUUCGUUCAAUGAAUAAUGACGAUAAAGAUUGUAUCAUAUUGGAACAGAACAAAGAAAAGUCUGGCUCAAAUCCCUUGAAACGUAUAUGUUCCAAUCAUGAACGUAGUCCUCAGUUAAUCACCUCUAGUGAUGAAGAAUCCGGUCCACCGGCGAAAUCACGUAGAAUAAAAUGA